AAAUACUUACGUCAAACAACAAAUCGACCUUGAUACACACAAGAAAUUCAGCCCCAGAAACAGAAACCACAGAAUCGAAAGUUUAUCGUCGUGAUUGAAUGUACUAUAGACUUAUUAAUAAAUUACACGCUCCCAUUAAACAAUUUAAUUUUCUCAUUCAAAUCGAAAAAUCACUCUCCUAUAAGACAUUUUCAAACAAAAAAUGGGUUUAAACAAAGGACUCAAUCUCAGUGAUAUCAGUUGUACCGAACAAACUGAAUUAACAGAAACAUUCUAUGUAAACAAUAAGAAAAACACUGUAUUCCAAGUGUCUCUAUCCGAAAAAGGUUUCUGUCUAAAAAAAAUUACAAAUAACAUCGUCAAAGAACGACUAAUUGAAAUUAAUGAUAUUGUCGGUAGUCAUUGUAUGCGUAGCAAAAAGAAAUCUAGAACAAAUAUUGGCUCGUGUGCAUGUUCCUCACCGAAUGUCAAGGAUGUCAAAAGUGUUUUCGAUGAAGGCACUAGUUUAGAUGCUUCUGGGGAAGCUUCUAAUGUUGCCAAUGAAGACACAAAUUGUGAUUCAAGUGCAUAUCUUUAUGUGUAUGCUUAUGUAUUGAAAAAAAGUCUGCGAAAUCAUUUGAAACGCGAACGAACAGUUCUCACUUUGAGAUUUCGAUCAUUUGAUAAAUAUGAUGAUAAUAAUCGUGAAGCUUUAAAAUGGCACGGUCAUAUUAAAAGAUUGCGAAAUAUUCAAACUGGUGGCAAUGGUUUGAAUUCCAUGUUUAGUUCGCAAAAUAAAGUUUUGGUAAUAUUAAAUCCAAAAUCGGGGGCGGGGAAGGCUAGGGAAUUAUUUCAUCAAGAAGUUGUUCCUAUUUUUGUUGAGGCAGAGAUUUCAUAUGAUUUGUAUGUUACUAAAUAUGCUAAUUAUGCUAAAGAAUUUAUGCGUUCGAAAGAUAUGAAUAAUUGGAGGGGAAUUAUUGUUGUUGGGGGAGAUGGGAUUUAUUAUGAAGUUAUUAAUGGGCUGAUGCAGCGGCAGGAUUGGAGGGAGAUCUUUGAAAGGAUUUCAAUUGGAACUAUACCGUGUGGUUCUGGUAAUGGACUGGCAAAGUCGAUAUCAUUCUCGAACAAUGAACCAUACGAGCCUAAGCCAAUUUUGAGUGCAGCUUUGACUGCAGUUCGUGGGAAAACAGCACCAAUGGAUUUGGUUCGCGUGGAAACCCGAUCACAGAUAAUGUUCUCAUUUCUUUCAAUCGGCUGGGGUCUAAUAUCCGACAUUGAUAUCGAAAGUGAACGAAUUCGAACUUUAGGCUAUCAGAGAUUUACUGUAUGGUCCGUACACAGACUAAUAAGCUUACGCACAUAUCAUGGAAAACUAUCAUAUCUUCCAAAAACAUCUGAAAACAGUGAAAAAACUGACAAUAGCAAUAAUACUUCCAAUAAUAUAUCCUCCUCCAAUCACAAGCACAAUUUGAGCAUAGACACAACAUUUUCAAAAACCGAUUCAUUUGAUUCAACUGAUAGUCCAGAAUUAAAUGAAUACGGCGAAGUUAUAUCGCUCGAGACAUCAGCAUCAACUGAAUUCUUUAGACAGCGCGGCAACAGCUGGUAUUCAGCUACAUCACGCAAAAGCGCUUACUUUUCAAUUGCCGAAAGCUUAUAUCAAAGUAUCGAUGGAAGGGAAACCGGUUCGGCGGCGGGUGAACAGAGAUUAUCGCAACAAAAUACAUUCCAAACAUACGGACCCAGUCCCAAUGCACCAUCAUUAAUGAGUCCAGUUCCAGAUACAUGGACAACAGAAGAAGGAGAAUAUGUGAUGGUACAUGCUGCAUAUCAAUCCCAUUUGGGUACUGAUAUCUUUUUUGCGCCAUCUGCCAAAUUAAGUGAUGGCACUAUUUGGUUGGUUGUUAUUCGGAGUGGUGUUAGCCGAUCGCAACUUUUAAAUUUUCUACUCAAUUUGAGUUCGGGAACUCAUUUGCCAUCGAAGAGUAAUGAGUUUAUAAAAAUUAUACCAGUAUCAGCAUUUAGAAUAGAACCGACUGGAACUGAGGGAAUUAUAACAGUUGAUGGGGAACGAGUCGAGUAUGGUGUUAUACAAGGGGAAAUAUUUCCAAAUAUAGUUAAUGUGAUGGUACCGUAAUGAAACGUACAAUUUUGUGUGUCUAUAAUAAUAGAAGACCUAGUAUUAUUGAAAUUUUAGAAAAUAAUAUAUAUAAUUAAUUAUAAAAGUUUUGCCAUUUGUUAAAUGUUUAAAUUUUAAAAGGUUAAGGGAGAAUACUGUAAUAUUUCUUUAUACAUUCCAUAUUAUAUUAAAAUUCA